CCACGCACCUCUGUAAUGUAUCACGAGAUCCAUAUAACCUCACAAAACGUGCAGUUAGCGCAAAUCAACGCUUUUUGAAUUUUUUCUUGCUUGCGGCAGCCCAUGCACCGGCCGCCGCUGCAUCACGGGUACGCCAUUGUCGGCUCGAAGUUGCGUGUAGCGGCGUUUCUCCCAUUCCUGCCUUCGCAAAAGAAGUCGUCCGCUUGACAGGUGGAGCGGCUGCUCCCAGCGUCGCCCGAUGGCGUCAGGCGAGGAGAUGAUGUCCGCUUCGCCUGGGCCGCAGUCCCAAGGAGGUCCGCCUCCUCAACAGGGGGGCCCUCACCCCGGUGACGGUCACAUGCAGCAGGGAUACCCGUCCGACAACAUUCACAUGCUGCAAAGGGCCAUCAACAACAUGGAAUCGGAGAAGGGCAUGGCCCCGGACGAUCCCCGCUACCCCCAGAUGCUGGGAAUGGGUGGCGGCCGAGGGGGCAAGCCGCCGGGAGGUGCUGCUGGAGGCAGUGGUGGCAGCUCGGGGGUGCCCAGCCCCAUAAUGGGACCCCCUCCCGUCCCACCCCAGGGUGCGGGGCCCAUGGGAGGACCACCUCCCCAUGAAGGACCGCCGCCACCGCACCACGGCUACGGACCUCCGCCGCCUCAGGGACCCCCGCCCCCACAGCACAUGGGGCCAGGUCCAGGGCCGCACGGUUACGGCAUGGGACCCCAGCAGACCGGUGCCUAUGGAGGGGGUGGCGGCCCCUACCAGCAACAGCCGUACCCUCCUCCGCAACAGGGAGCAGGAGCGGCUGCCGGCACAGCCCCCCCUCAUCAGCCAGGACCGCACCCGCACCACCCACCGGUUGCAUCAGAGCCUCCCGACCCUGCGUCACAGACAGGUUACAGCAGCGGAGGCGGUCCCGGCAGCGGGGGCCCGCCUUCCAACGGAUCCGCAAGCAAUGCUCUUCCAGGCGCCGAGGGCAGCGGCACUUCUGGCAGCGCUGGCUCGAAACCGUCGCUCCUGAGCCCGCCCCAGUUGACGCAGUUGCGGGCCCAGAUCAUGGCGUACAAGCUUCUGGCACGCAACCAGCCCGUGCCAGACCACAUCAGCAUGGCCGCCCAGGGCACUGGCUCCUCGCAGGGCACACCACAAGGCUCGCCCCAGCCGGGCCCACCGUACAUGCACAGGCCACCAGGAGCGCCGUCGCCUUCCAUGCGACCAUCCCCGCAGCCAGCGCCACCCAUGGGUGCGGGGGUGCCCCCACAGCAGUACGGGCCAACUGGCGGCCAAGGCACCGGUGUGGGUGGACCGGCAGCCAUAGGUCCCCAGUACGGCCCUGUGGCGCCCACUUCUGGGGCUGCCGUCCCUCCCGGAGUGCCGCCCCCACCUCCACACGGCCAGCCCCCCCACCCCAUGAUGGGAUCCCAAGGGGGUGGGGCGCCAACUCCUCCACCCCAGGGGGCCGGUGCAGGGCCACCUGGGGGAGGGGUGCCCCUGCAGCAAGGUCCCCGUCCAGGAUGCCAGGCGCCACCUCAAAACGCGAGGGGGAGUCCUGGAACGGGACCACCAUCUUCGAUGCCGGCUAUGAUGCAGAUGCAGCAGCAGAAGCAGAACCGCAUCACGCCCGUGGCCAAGCCCCAGGGCAUCGACCCCAUCGAGGUGCUGAAGGAGAAGGAGAACCGGCUGACGAGCCGCAUCGCCCACCGCAUCGAGGAGCUCUCCAAGCUGCCGGCCAACCUGCCCGAGGACCUGCGCAUCAAGGCCAUGAUCGAGCUGCGCGCCCUGCGGCUGCUCAACUUCCAGCGGCAGCUGCGCGCCGAGGUGGUGCAGUGCAUGCGGCGCGACACCACCCUCGAGACCUCGCUCAACCCCAAGCUGUACAAGCGCACCAAGCGCCAGAGUCUGCGCGAGGCCCGCCUCACCGAGAAGCUCGAGAAGCAGCAGAAGCUGGAGCAGGAGCGCAAGCGGCGCCAGAAGCACCAGGAGUACCUGGCGGCCGUGCUGCAGCACGGCAAGGACUUCCGCGAGUUCCACCGCGGAGUCCAGGCCAAGGUGGCCAAGGUGAACAAGGCGGUGGCCACCUACCACGCCAACACGGAGCGCGAGCAGAAGAAGGAGCAGGAGCGCGUCGAAAAGGAGCGCAUGCGGCGGCUCAUGGCCGAGGACGAGGAAGGGUACCGCAAGCUCAUCGACCAGAAGAAGGACCGACGGCUGGCCUUCCUGCUCUCGCAGACGGACGAGUACAUCCACAACCUCACCGAGAUGGUGCGCCAGCACAAGGCCGAACAGCGGCGUAAGCUGCGCGAGAAGAAGAAGAAAAAGAAGAAGAAGCAGCCGGGGCAGCAGGACGGGGGUGCUGGGAGUGGCUCGGGAGCUGGCGGCGGGGAAGGCGGCGCACCGGGAUCGUCCGAUGUGCCGAUGGAUGCGAUGAUGGAUGAAAGCUCACAGCACAGCGAUCUCAGGGUCAAUGUCAUCGAGACGGCAACUGGCAAGGUCAUCGAAGGCAAGGAUGCUCCACUGGCAAGCCAGCUUGACACGUGGCUCGAAAUGCACCCAGGAUUUGAGGUGGCGCCAAGAGAAGCCAGUGACGACGAAGAGGAGGGUGAGACCGAUGACUCCACGGAGUCGGAGGACGAGGGUGACGACAACUCCCAGCAACAACAGCAACAGCAGCAGCAGCAACAGCCUGUCAGCGUACCGGGCAAGAUGGAGGGCUCGCCCGACGACCACGUCAAGAACGUGAUUCAGGCCGCAGCUGCUGAGGACGAUGAGUACAAGGCGGGCGGCUACCAGAACUACUACAACAUAGCGCACGCCAUCCGCGAGGAGGUCCGCGAACAGGCCACGCUCAUGGUCAAUGGCGUGCUCAAGGAGUACCAGGUCAAGGGGCUCGAGUGGCUCGUCUCCCUCUACAACAACAACCUCAACGGCAUCCUGGCCGACGAGAUGGGUCUCGGCAAGACCAUUCAGACAAUUGCUGUCAUCACAUACCUGAUGGAGAAGAAGCGUAUCAACGGACCCUAUCUCAUCAUUGUACCACUUUCGACGCUGUCCAACUGGAUGCUAGAGUUUGACCGGUGGGCCCCGUCGGUGGUCAAGGUGGCAUACAAGGGUUCGCCCAAUCUGCGGCGACAGCUGUCUCAGCAGCUGCGCAGCAGCAAGUUCAACGUGCUCAUCACCACCUACGAGUACGUCAUCAAGGACAAGGCGGUGCUGGCCAAGAUCCGCUGGAAGUACAUGAUCAUUGACGAGGGUCACCGCAUGAAGAAUCACCAUUGCAAGCUGACUCAGAUCCUCAACACGCACUACAGCGCCCCGCACCGCCUGUUGCUGACGGGCACACCGUUGCAGAACAAGCUGCCUGAACUAUGGGCUCUACUGAACUUCCUGCUGCCAAGCAUCUUCAAGAGUUGCAACACGUUUGAACAGUGGUUCAACGCUCCGUUUGCGACGACCGGUGAAAAGGUUGAACUAAACGAGGAAGAGACGAUCCUGAUCAUUCGGCGUCUCCACAAGGUCCUGCGACCAUUCUUGCUGAGGAGACUCAAGAAAGAGGUGGAGUCCCAACUUCCCGAAAAGGUGGAAUACGUCGUGAAGUGCGACAUGUCAGCACUGCAGAGACUCCUGUACAGACACAUGCAAACGAAGGGUGUACUUCUAACCGAUGGAUCUGAAAAGGACAAGAAGGGCAAGGGUGGCACCAAGACGCUGAUGAACACCAUCAUGCAGCUGCGUAAAAUCUGCAACCACCCGUUCAUGUUCCAACACAUUGAGGAGGCCUACGCCGAGCACAUUGGUUGCACUGGGAGCAUUGUUCAAGGACCCGACCUGUACCGGGUGUCUGGCAAGUUUGAGCUGUUGGACCGGAUACUUCCCAAGCUGCGAUCCAAGCAGCACAGGGUGCUUCUCUUCUGUCAGAUGACCACCCUGAUGACCAUCAUGGAGGACUACCUCACCUACAGGGGGUACCGGUACCUGCGUCUCGACGGUACAACCAAGGCGGAAGACCGUGGUCAGUUGCUGGAAAUGUUUAAUGCCAAGGAGUCUCCCUACUUCAUCUUCCUGCUGAGUACCCGGGCCGGUGGCCUGGGUCUCAACCUGCAGGCGGCAGACACGGUCAUCAUCUUCGACUCGGACUGGAACCCCCACCAGGACUUGCAAGCACAAGAUCGAGCCCAUCGGAUUGGCCAGAAGAACGAGGUGCGGGUGCUGCGGCUCGUGACGGUCAACUCGGUGGAGGAGCGCAUCCUGGCUGCGGCCAAGUACAAACUCAACUUGGACGAAAAGGUCAUCCAGGCCGGCAUGUUCGACCAGAAGUCGACGGGCUCCGAGAGAAAGCAGUUCCUCCAGGCCAUCCUCACGCAGGACGAGAACGACGAGGAGGAGGAAAAUGAAGUGCCAGAUGAUGAAACCAUCAACGAAAUGAUUGCCAGGAAUGAGGAAGAACUGGAGCUUUUCCAGAAAAUGGACAUAGACAGGAGAAGAGAGGAGGCACGCAGUGUGAAGAGGAAGCCUCGACUGAUGGAGGAAGACGAACUGCCCAAGUGGCUGCUCAAGGACGACGCUGAGGUGGAGCGGCUCACCAACGAGGAAGAGGAGGACAAGCUGUUUGGACGAGGAAACCGGCAGCGAAAGGAGAUCGACUACUCGGACGCACUCACCGACAAGGAAUGGCUUCGGGCCAUUGAGGAUGGCAACCUGGACGAGAUGGAAACGCGCAAACGCUCCCGCAAGUCCGGUGGCAAUGGCGCUUCGUCAAGCUCUGGCGGCGAGCGGGGUGGCAAGCGCAAGAGCGGCCCCUCCAGGCAGAUGGUGGACGACGAGCCCGUGGUGAAGAAGCGCCGCGGACGGCCACCCGUCGAGAAGGCCUCGCCGAACCCGCCCUCCCUGACCAAGCAGAUGCGCAAGCUUAUCGACAUUGUCAUCAAUUACAAGGAUAGUGAUGGCCGUGUACUAAGCGAAGCCUUCCUGCAGCUACCGUCUAAGAGGGAGCUUCCCGAUUACUACGAAGUCAUCAAGAAACCCGUUGAUCUGAAGAAAAUCAAGGCUCGCAUCCGUGAGCACCGGUACCGGACGCUGGACGACCUGGAGGACGACUUCAUGCUGCUCUGUGUCAACGCCCAGACGUACAACGUGGAGGGCUCGCUCAUCUACGAGGACUCCAUCGUGCUGCAGUCGGUGUUCACCAGCGCCCGCGAGCGGCUACAGAAGGACGGCGACCUCGCCCUGGGCACCGACGACCAAGACACAGACGAGGACGGAGCCGGACCGUCGGCCGAGCACGGCUCGGAGGAAAAGACGAAGAAGCGCAAGAGUCGCCACGUGCGGCGGUACAUCAGCGACGACGACGACACCGAGGAAAGCGACUAGUGCGGGCCUCCCUCCCUCGUCACCCAUUCCCCCGUUCACACCACAUCGAUCAUCCAUCGAAUUUCACCCUGUGAUGCAUGGGAGAGAUGCGUCCGAUUCCCCCUGUCCGUGUUCUAUUUCUUUGUACAUCUAUACUUCCGUUCUUUUCUUCUUUUUUUUCACCUGUCUGUUUUCUUGUCACGGCCGAUUUCUGUUUUUUUUUUCAGAAACUGCUUUGACGCGGUUUCUCGGCCAUUGUAUCGUGUCUCUGUCUCUCUUGCAAUGGGAAUAAAACGGCUGCCAUCUCAGGUACGAAAGCAGUGUCCCUUUACGCCCAGACCUCGCCCCCCGGCAAAAGAAAACGUUCACGCUGCAAAGUGCAUUUGAAUUGUGAGCUCUGUUACAAGCUGUUAUUGCACUGCAGCAUUGCUUUGGCUGUUUUCUGCAGCGCUUAAGCUACUAGCAAUUGACUUCCCUUAGGGCAUGCAAAGUCUGUCCUUGCUCACACAUGAAGGUCCAUCAAAGAUCGACCCUGAAACACAGAGGAGACAUUAAGUGCCAAUUGCUGAAGGCUGAAAUUUCAUCGCAUUUCGUAUCCACAGAAAUGUUGUCGAAAAGCUCAGAAGUGCUUUUUCUGCAGUAUCCUAUUUCUAACUUGCCUUAAUUUCAUGAGCUUUAACGUUGUACAGCAUAAUGCCUGGUUGUUUCUUUUUUCUGAUACAAACACACCAACACAUAUUGCACUGGUAAUACACGGUGUAAGCGUCUGGCUGAGUUACAAAUGCCUGGAAUAGAUUCAAAGUAGUUUUCUUAGUGUCUUUCUUCUUUUUCUUAACCUCUCUAUUAGUUUCUUGCAGUGCACGUCGAGCAUUGUUUUCUGUUAUUUGUGUAGUACAGUAUUUAUUGCACCAUCGGCUCUCACAACCUGCUGAUUUUAGCUGCAUCAGUGAGGUAGCAAACAUGGGCCAUUCUGCCCUAAUUUUUUGGCAUGCUCUACGUAGAGUUCCUCUUCAACCUCAGUCAAGAUAGAAUAGUGGCAAAUGGUAUUGCUCGCAUUUUGGUCAUACCUUCGUAAUCCGGAAAGUGUCAGAAGAACUGUGAUUGAAUGUUUGAUAAGCCUUUAAACAAGAAAGUAGGCAUUUAAUAAGCAUGCCAUGAAAAUGUGUGUUUUGCGAAUGAUGUUGCUUCGCCUGAUGUUUCCUCGUCUGCAACAUCUACAAACUUGCCUGUUGCUGCAAAACACCAACGUGGUCUUGUCGAGUUCUUUUUGUAAUUCGACAUUGGCAGCAGGCUCUAUGUUCUGCCUGUUCUCAGCAUAUAUGUACAUCAACCUACGGCUGGGCCUCAUCACAAAAGCGAUUGCAUUGUAAAACCUUCAUAGCUGCUUCAGUUAACUGCAUUGAUGUUUCCUGAAUGUUUCAUAACAACUUGUAACAGUUGCAAAGUGCUAACUGGAGAUAAGGACUUCUAGCGUGAGCACAUACCAGUUAAUAUAAUGUUGUCAUUUCUUCAAAGCAGGAGCUUUGUUCAUUAUUGUAAGCGUCAUCCUAGCAAGAAGCUAACCCAAAAGGGCACCAAAGGGCCUCAAAGAGUUAAUAAACACUGAUCUUAUAAAGAGCACUUCAGUUUGUUGUCUAACCGUUGACAGCGGAGGCUGCUUCAGGCCUCCCUUAAGCUCUGCAUAAGGUCGCCGUAGCAACAGGAUAAUGGCAGCAACCGGUCGUAGAUAUGAGCCGUGAGAAAGUGAUUGCAAACGCAAAGUGGUGCAACAACUGAACCUGGUAAAAGUGGCACAAAUGUCCUUAUAUUAGUAGUAUGUUGGCUUUGCGAAGUUAUGCUUUGGUAAUUUUGGAGCCCUCGUCGAUCCCUUUAGCGGGAGUUGGCCUUUGUGCCUCGGGCGCUUCUUCGAUGCCACUAUGCUGAAACCGUGGGCACCUGACGAGUCCCGCUAUGUUUGUGACACAAAACACUACGGUCGGAAAAGUGCAGGGGACAGCAAAAGUCGUACCAGUGCUGGUAUCUGCAUUUUGUUUGCGGUGCUUUUCUGUUAGGUGGAAAAUGGUUAGUCUGCUGACAACAUCCUGAGCAAGGGCUAGCUGGCUUUUUAUUUAACAUGGCAAGCAGUGUAACGCCGCUGCUCGUGUAUGUCUUGUCGCAGUGGUGUGGCCAGAAAUAUAUGUCAAGGGGCUCCAACCCCCUCUUUAUGCAUGUAUGUGUGUGCAUGUGUAUAUAUACAUACAAAUUCCAAAAACUCCUAACCUCCCCAACCCUCAUUUCUGGUUACGCCAAUGUCUUGCCCCAUUAUUCACACUAUUUGUCAUUUUAUUCACACUGAGAGCCAUACCACCUGAAAAAGUUGUGUUUAGUGCCGGGUCUGAUCGCUUCUGGUUUGUGCAGCAGUCGUGUGAAAAAGCGCAUGCUGAUCAUGCUAAAGGCUGCUUUCUCGAGUUUCCUGUCUGCAUUGGGGGUAAAUGCAACAUUUUCUUAUUGGACUUAUUUUCUAAUUUUACUCAAGCCUGCGAAGGUAAUCGAAUGUCGUGUGUGGCUUAUAUCUGCAUCUGUCGAGUCGUCGUCGGGCAAAUGAAACACUCAAAGAUGUACAUAUGGUGUUGCCAAGCUUACAUUCUGUGGAAAGUAAAAAGCUUUUGCAGCCUGCA